AUGACAAAAAGAACAUUGGAAUCAGAGGAAGAAUUGAAAAAAUUACAAGAUCCAACCAAUACUAGUGUUGUAGAGGAUGACGAUGAAUCAGACGAUGAAUCAGACGAGGAAUCAGAGGAUGAAGAAGAUGGAAAAGCCAAGAAAAAGGCAGCCAAGAAACCAAGAAAACAAUCGACACCCAAAAAGGUUGCAAGACCAACACUAAAGAAUGUGCUCAGUGCACUCACACACCCGCAGCUCAUCAAGAUGGUUUCGAUUUUCAUCGAGGAGAAACACCCAGAGUUGAAAGAUGAGUUCAUCGAUACGGUGCCGCCACCCUCGGUCGAGGAGAUCCAUGCUGAGCUGACUCGUCUACACAACAGUAUCGACAGAGCUUGGCCCAAUUCAAAAUAUGGAUCUGGUCGUGACCACUUUUGUUACAAAAGAGUUGCUGGUCAUCUUAGAAAUUACAAGGCAGGGGGAUCCUCUAGAUGCAAACUGCAGGCAAGCAAUCAUAGCACUGGCCGAAGCUCUACAACUUCUAUCGAUGACUUUCCUGUUUUCGAUGAUUCAAAGAACAACGCAGGUCGUGCUGCUCUUUUCAAAAAAUUGUCUACUCAUGGAAAAACAGCACUUCGAUACACAACCCUAACUAAACCGGAAUUGGAUAACGUCUUGACUAAAGUAAAUAAAGAAGCAACUCAAUUGGCUGAUCUCAUCAAAGCUUUUAAUGAAAAAAAAUAA